AUGCCGGCCGUGACGGGCGAGACUGACUGGGGCAUGGAGGCGCUCGUCGGGGUCUUCGGGGGCUCCACCGACCUCGUCGAGGACAUUCUCCAGGUGACGGACGCCAACCACAUGGGCAAGUACGGGGACGUCGGCUUCCGCUGGUACCUGCCGGUGCCCCCGGGGCUGAUGCCGGAGGUCGAGGCCUGGAUCCGCUCCGAGAUGCAGCGUGUGGCGCUGUACUUCCCCUUCAUCGACGAGGACGGGCGGGAGGUCCACAACCUGCUGAGCCUCGCCCCCGUGCACGAGGGGCUCGUCAAGAACGUCUUCGAGAUGGCGGCCGAGGCCUUCGCACUCGACCCCUCGAGUCUGCAGCGCGGAUUGAGCGGUAGCUGA